GCCACCUGCUCCUCUGCAUGCAGUAUAAUGACAUAACUCAGUAGAUAUUUUCCCCCUUCCCAUUCCAUCUUUUGAGCACAGAAGAGUUGAUAACAUAGAAGAGGCCAGAAUUAAAAUCCUAUUCUUCCCUUUUCAUCUCAAUCAUUGUUGCAAGAGAAGAAGAAUAAGAAGAAGAAGAAGAAGUAUUACUAAAUAGAAACAAAGCCAAAAAUUCUCCUUAUGUAUCCAUCAGCAACCAUCUCCAACUCCACAACCAUAACAGAGGAAGCAAAUGUUUCCCCUGAAACCAGAGUCCAUGAUCACUUCAAUAACCUUACUCUCCUCUUCACACCCAUAUCCACCCAACCCAAACCCAAGACGAAGAGAAGCCAACCAGGAAAUCCGGACCCAGAUGCUGAAGUGGUGGCUCUCUCUCCCAAAAGCCUUCUUGCCACCAACAGAUUUGUCUGCGAGAUAUGCGCCAAAGGAUUUCAGAGAGAUCAAAACCUUCAGCUUCAUAGGAGAGGGCACAACUUGCCAUGGAGGCUGAGGCAGAGGAAUAAUAAUGGCAAGGAGGUUAUAAAGAAGAGAGUCUAUGUUUGCCCUGAGCCUUCCUGUGUUCAUCACCAUCCUUCAAGAGCUCUAGGUGAUCUUACAGGGAUAAAAAAGCACUUUUGCAGGAAACAUGGUGAGAAGAAGUGGAAGUGUGAAAAGUGCUCGAAGAAGUAUGCGGUUUACUCGGAUUGGAAGGCUCAUGUCAAGACAUGCGGAACCAGGGAGUAUAAAUGUCACUGUGGAACACUCUUCUCUAGGAAGGACAGCUUCAUCACACACAGAGCCUUCUGUGAUGCCCUCGCAGCAGAAAGUGCGAAGCUUGUUGCAAACUCCAACCCCGCAGCCAUUAUUAAUGCCCCCACCCCUUCUCUCCUCCCCAACCCCCCAUUUCCUUCCUUCCCCAACAACUGGAAUCCAUUUUACAACCCUAACCCUAACAUUUUUGCUUUUCUUCCAAACCCUAACCCUAACCCUAACCCUCACCCCACAACCUCCUCCUUUGACCAAAACCCCGGCGACCCAUUUCAACCCUUCGUCAACCCUUACCUUUCCGCUCACCACCUUCACCCCUCCUCCGCCGCCACCCCACAGCCGCAUAUCGAUAGUGGCAUUGACUUUGCAGCGAGUCAAAAUAUUGACCGACUGACCCGCGAUUUCCUCGGAGUUGACUUCACCUGCGAAGAAGUCGAGGAAUUCCAGCCCAUGCGCAGCCUCGACAUGGAUGUGGUCACCCUCGGUAAGUGCGCUGAUGAUGGCCGGGACGGUGGCCACACCAAGCCCGUCGCCGGGUCAGGGUUUCCGCCGGUCAACCGAGCUUGGGGCGACCGUUGAGGUACUGCCGUACUGGUUUAAAGGUCAAUGGGUUUUCGUGGAAUUACGAUAAUGCCACCUACAUGUUUGUUUACGCACUGUGUGGUAGCUUAUUGCUGUAAACUAAGGGGUCGAACGGUUUUAUCUUGAAAACAAUU